AUGGCUGUGACAUGCCACACCAGUUUCUUUGCAUUGAUUGGCAAUACUGAAAAUCCACCAUUCAGGUCUCCCAAGACUUAUUUGUUUCAGGCAUGUUUGAGUCCAGAUAAUUUAUUCAAGUUACUAGUAAUGCAAAGGCUUAUUGAAGAAGGGGGAAAUAGAGAGGAAGGUAUACUGUAUAUAGUGCAACAUACAGUACCAUUUACCCCCCCCCCAAAAAAAAAGUAACACAUGGUGACAAGACAGAAUGGAGAAUUCACACAAUUUUUCUUCAUUUAUAGGUUUUAAAGUAAACAAUCAAGAUCUUCAAGUUGUAGCAGAAUUAUCAGGAGUCUUGGAAGCUCCAGAUGAUUUUCUGUCAUUAGAGUUACGCACUUUGUUCAAUGAUUUGCUACCGGAGCCAGAAAAUGUCCAGUGUAACGAAUUUGUUCAAAAAUAUUUGUUACUUAAACAAAAAUACCAGGAUUCAAUAAGUGAAUAA